AGGAAGAGGAAGAGGAAGAGGGAAGGACGGCGGGUGACGUCGGCCAGAAUGGGAGCGGCUGUUCGUCCAGCUGGUCCCAACAUGGAUCCAGAAGUUUCAUCUUCAGAGGACUGGGUGUUGGCCCCCACUGGAUAUUCAGCUUACUACUGUGAUGGAGAGUGUUUUUAUCCUCUGGGCUCCUGCAUGAACGCCACCAACCACGCCCUCAUCCAGCAAGUGGUGCACCUCCUGAAGCCUGACGAGGUUCCUAAGGCUUGUUGCGCCCCGACCAAGCUCAGCCCCAUCUCCGUCCUGUUCUACGACGACAACAACAACGUCAUCCUGAAGAAGCACCGCAACAUGGUGGUGAAGACGUGCGGGUGUCUAUGAGCCCAAAAGGUUCCACUUUGACACUCAAGUCCUCAAACAAAGUGAAGGUACAACAGACAUGAGCUCUGCCCACGGAGAAGGUUUCUGCCAACAAGGCACCGCAAACCUAAUUUACCAGGCUGGUGUCGAGUUCUGAUCCAGGAUCAGUGACUCAAAGUUCACAGAUUCCAAAUCACCACUUUUGCUGUAGCGUGUUCUGUGUCUUGUUUGUUUAUGUUUAUGUCUGCUGGGCCUCUUAUUCAGAUUUAGGCUCCAUCGGCCGGUUUAGAGGGCAAACCAUUAGUGGAACAAGAAUAAAUUAAAUGACAGCACUAUUGUUGCAACACAAUGACUCUAUAACGAGAAUAUUGAAUCAAUAACAAUAUUCACAUCAUCUUGAUUCAUGGUAAUAGUUUUUACAGGACUAAUGAUAAAUAGCCAAGUGUAAAUAAUACAAUAUUGCAGGUGAAUAUUAUCUUUCGGGUUGUUGGUCAAACAAAACCUUUGAAGACCAAGAACAUUGGCGAAGGCCUUCACUGCUCCCUAGCCUGAUGAAGUAUGUUAUCAAAUGACUUCCACCUCAUCAGCUGCAACAUUAGAGCUGUGCAGCAAGAAUUGAAAAGAUACAUUCUGCAUAAUGGGUAUACUUUUUACUUUAAGUUUAUUUUGAUGCCAAUAUUUUUCUGCUUUUAUACAACAUUUUGAAUGCAGGACUCUUGUAACUGUAAUUUACAUUGUGCUCUAGUAAAUAAUGUAAUAAACACUUUGGUUGUAUAAAUGAUGAUCCUGCAAAGAAAAGUCACUCAAAGCACGGCAGAGGACCUCACAGUCCAGGACCUCACAG